AGCAAUUGCUGACAUUCGACGGAUCACACCGGAAGAUCAACCCUGGAGGUUCAUUGUCGGCAGUUUAACUUAUAUGGGAAUAUCCUUCUCCUUAGUCAUAUAAUAAACAUCUGGAUCCAACUAUAAGUAGAAGUUUUUCUAGGGAAUUGUCAUCUGCAUGAUGGCUACGACACACGCCCCCGCGGAGCCCCCCAAGCGCCGCCGCAUCGGUGUCUUGACCUCCGGUGGUGAUGCUCCCGGCAUGAACGGUGCCGUCCGGGCCGUUGUCCGUAUGGCUAUCUACUCCCAGUGCGAGGCCUACGCCGUCUACGAAGGUUACGAGGGUUUGGUCCAUGGAGGCGAUAUGAUCCGUCAGGUACAUUGGGAAGAUGUCCGUGGCUGGCUCUCCCGUGGUGGUACCCUGAUUGGUUCCGCUCGUAGCAUGGCUUUCCGGGAACGCGCCGGUCGUCUGAAGGCCGCGAAGAACAUGGUUAUUCGGGGUAUUGAUGCCCUUGUGGUUUGCGGCGGUGAUGGAAGUUUGACUGGUGCCGACCUUUUCCGUUCCGAAUGGCCUGGUUUGCUGGAGGAGCUGGUCAAGACGGGCGAAUUGACCGAGGAACAGAUCGUCCCGUACAAGGUGUUGAACAUUGUGGGCCUGGUGGGUUCUAUCGAUAACGAUAUGUCCGGCACAGACGCUACCAUCGGCUGCUAUUCUUCCCUCACUCGUAUCUGCGAUGCGGUCGACGAUGUUUUCGAUACUGCCUAUUCCCACCAGAGAGGCUUCGUCAUUGAAGUCAUGGGACGUCACUGCGGUUGGUUGGCCUUGAUGUCAGCUAUUAGCACUGGCGCAGACUGGCUCUUCAUCCCCGAGAUGCCUCCCCGAGAAGGCUGGGAAGAUGACAUGUGUUCUAUCAUCACCAAGAACCGCGAAGAACGAGGCAAGCGAAGGACGAUUGUCAUAGUGGCCGAGGGUGCUCACGACCGGCAACUCAACAAGGUGUCGAGCAGCAAGAUCAAGGACAUACUGACCAACCGACUGGGUCUGGACACGAGGGUGACUGUUCUGGGUCAUACCCAACGUGGAGGAGCAGCAUGUGCCUAUGACCGUACCCUCUCGACUUUGCAGGGUGUGGAGGCUGUUCGCGCUGUUUUGGAUAUGAAGCCGAACUCCCCAUCUCCGGUCAUCACCGUCCGCGAGAACAAGUUGCUGCGUACCCCGUUAAUGGAUGCCGUCAAGGCCACUAAGGAAGUUGCCGAUCUCAUUCAUGAGCGGAAGUUCGAUGAGGCUAUGCACCUGCGUGACUCGGAGUUCAAAGAGUAUCAUUUCGCCUACAAGAACACUGCCACUCCCGACCACCCCAAGCUGAUCCUUCCAGAAAACAAGCGCAAGCGCAUUGCCAUCAUCCAUGUUGGUGCCCCUGCCGGAGGUAUGAACCAGGCCACCCGCGCGGCCGUCGCCUACUGCCAGACUCGUGGACACACUGCCCUUGCCGUUCACAACGGUUUCCCCGGCCUCUGCCGGCACCAUGCAGACACCCCGGUUAGCUCUGUGCGCGAGGUUUCUUGGGAAGAGCAGGAUACCUGGGUCAACGAGGGUGGUUCGGAUAUCGGAACAAACCGAAGUCUGCCGUCGGAGGACUACGAGACUACUGCCAAGUGCUUUGAGAAGUACAAGUUCGACGGACUGUUUGUGGUUGGUGGUUUCGAGGCUUUCACAGCCGUUAGUCAGCUGCGCCAGGCCCGCGAAAAAUACCCUGCCUUCAAGAUUCCCAUGGUCGUCUUGCCGGCUACCAUCUCCAACAACGUGCCGGGUACCGAAUACUCUCUCGGUAGCGACACUUGCCUGAACACCCUCAUCGAGUUCUGCGAUGCUAUCCGACAGUCCGCAUCGUCCUCCCGCCGCCGUGUCUUCGUCGUUGAAACCCAGGGUGGUAAGUCCGGUUACAUCGCCACGACAGCUGGUCUCUCGGUGGGCGCCUCAGCCGUUUACAUUCCCGAGGAAGGCAUUGAUAUCAAGAUGUUGUCACGCGAUAUCGACUUCCUGCGCAACAACUUCGCCCACGACAAGGGUGCCAACCGUGCUGGAAAGAUCAUCCUCCGCAACGAGACCGCCUCCAGCACCUACACCACACAAGUGAUCGCGGAUAUGAUCAAGGAGGAAGCCAAGGGCCGCUUCGAGUCCCGCGCCGCGGUCCCCGGUCACUUCCAGCAGGGUGGCAAGCCCUCUCCGAUGGAUCGGAUCCGUGCCCUGCGCAUGGCGAUCAGAUGCAUGCAGCACAUCGAGGGCUACGCCGACAAAACCCCCGAUGAGAUCGCCGCCGACGAGCUUUCUGCGUCCGUCAUCGGCAUCAAGGGAUCCCAGGUUCUCUUCUCGCCCAUGGGCGGCGCCACCGGCCUGGAGGCGACCGAAACCGACUGGGCCCGCCGUCGCCCCAAGACCGAAUACUGGCUCGGGUUGCAGGACACAGUCAACAUUUUAUCCGGACGUGCUAGCUUCAGCGCUGGCAAGACAAGCUGGUCCUGCUAUGAGAAUUGUUAAGCGUUGUGACAAGAACAACAACCACUUGCACUGUGAUGGGCGUUAAUGAGUUUGGUGGGUAGAAAUCCGCUGCGGUUCGGAAAGAUAGGUCUCUUCAUCUCUUUACACGUUCGACCUGGAAAGAACGGAAUGAGUUUCAAGAUGCAGUGAUGGCUGCUACGU